AUGGAAUUUUUAAUAGGAGGUAGUGAUACAAGUGCGUUCACUAUCAUUAUGGCAAUUAUCAUGUUACUCCAAAAUCCCGAGAAAUUGAAAAAUUUACGAAUAGAAUUGGAAUCCGCGUUUCCUAUAUUACAAAAUCGUGUAAUAUCGAGUGAACAUGAGGAUGACCUAUUUUUACCGUCCCAUGAUAUUUUAAAAUCUCUCAAAUAUUUGAAUGCAGUAAUAGAUGAAACUUUACGACUAUUUCCAGUUACAUUAGGUGGUAUAAUGCGACAAACCACUGAAGAUACUAUAAUUUCCAAUCAUUUAAUCCCCAAAGAUACCAUAGUUUCUGCAUCGGUAUGGAGACUUCAUCGAUCUAAACAAAUUUGGGGUCAAGAUGUUGAUGAGUUUGUACCUGAACGAUGGUUUGAUUUAAAUCCAAAGAUAAGAAGUGAUGCUUAUUAUCCUUUUGGUAGUGGUUCUCGGUUAUGUAUAGGAAAUAAUUUUGCCAUGAUGGAAAUAAGAAUUAUGCUAAGUUCGUUGAUAGGAAACUUUAAUUUCUUUGUCAAAAAAGAUGAAGAUUUACAGAUUGUACAAUUUAUUACUCCAUCGUUGAGGAGUAAAAAAUUUGAAGUCGAAGUUACUCGACUACGUGAAAGUAAAAGUAAUAAUACAACUAACGCAUGA